CGGGACCAGACCUGCGGGACCAGACCGGCGGGACCAGACCGGCGGGACCAGACCGGCGGGACGUACCAGACCCCCAGACAAGACGUGGUUCCGCGCAGGAAGGUCGGCCCCUCGGCUCCAUCAUGAUGGUCCUCUGUGCGGGCUGCGAGCGGCCCAUCCUGGACCGCUUCUUGCUCAACGUGCUGGACCGGGCCUGGCACGCCAAGUGCGUCCAGUGCUGCGAGUGCAAGUGCGCGCUCACAGACAAAUGUUUCUCCAGGGACGGCAAACUCUUCUGCAAGAUGGACUUCUUCAGGCGUUUCGGCACCAAGUGCGCGGGCUGCCUGCAGGGCAUCUCCCCCAGCGACCUGGUGCGCAAGGCGCGCAGCAAGGUGUUCCACCUGAACUGCUUCACCUGCAUGGUGUGUCACAAGCAGCUGUCCACGGGCGAGGAGCUCUACGUGGUCGACGAGAACAAGUUCGUGUGCAAGGACGACUACCUGAGCUCCGGCACCAUCAAGGAGGUCAGCCUCAACUCAGUGUCGUCGUGCACGGACCGCAGCUUGUCUCCGGACCUGCAGGACGCGGCUCUGAUGGCGGACGAGCUGAAGGAGGCCGACAACUGCACGUCGUCCGACAAGGAGACCAACAACAUCGAGAACGAGGAGCAGAACUCUGGCACCAAACGUCGGGGGCCGCGGACCACCAUCAAGGCCAAGCAGCUGGAGACGCUGAAGGCCGCCUUCGUGGCCACGCCCAAGCCCACGCGACACAUCCGGGAGCAGCUGGCCCAGGAGACCGGCCUCAACAUGCGCGUCAUCCAGGUUUGGUUCCAGAACCGAAGGUCCAAAGAGCGACGGAUGAAGCAGUUAAGCGCUUUGGGGGCCCGCAGGCACGCCUUCUUCAGGGGGCCGAGGAGGAUGAGGCCCCUGGGUGGGAGACUGGAGGACCCGGACAUCCUGGGCCCCGCGGCGUACGGCUACUACGGAGAGUACCAAGGAGACUACUACGGGCCGGCCAGCAACUACGACUUCUUCCCCCACGGCCCCCCCUCCUCGCAGGCCCAGUCCCCGGCCGAGUCGCCCUACAUCCUGGGGGCCAGCGCCAUGGAGGCCUCGGACGACCAAAGGUUCACGGACAUGAUCUCCCACGCCGAGACCCCCAGCCCCGAGCCGGGCUCCCUGCAGGCCGGGCCGGGCGAGGCGUACAGGGGCGGGCCCAGCCCCCCAUUCAACUCCAGCUACAGCGCCCCCAUGUCCCACCAAGGCUCAGAGAUGGGGGAGGCGGCAGCCUGGUAGACCAAGGAACACCACGCCAUGUCCCACCAAGGCUCAGAGAUGGGGCAGGCGGCGGCCUGGUGGACCGAGGAACACCACGCCAUGUCCCACCAAGACUCCGAGAUGGGGCAGGCGGCGGCCUGGUGGACCGAGGACCUCCA